UUGUAUUGCGACUCGGUAAACGGAAGCUCCACGGAACAAAAAUGGAUAUGAAUGGUUUGAACGUUACUUUAAUUCCGUUACACUGUUUUAUUUAAUUUCUGACACACGGACAUACGGGCUACAUGAAAAAAGCGGACGUGGAACCUCGCUUUUUUUACACGGCAGCAUAUGGUUAGGUUCUUUAAUGAUGGAGUCCCAAUGCGAGUACUUCAUGUAUUUCCCUGCCGCUCCAAUAUCCACUCUGUCAGACCCGGCGGAGUAUACUACUCUCCCGCGGAGAAAGCACGUCUACCUCGGGGAGGUGGUGCAGUUCCUGCUGGUCCUGCGGUCCCGGAAGGCGGCGGGGAAGGAUGACAGCCCCGGGGUUUUACCGUGGAAGGAGAUGGUGAGUUCACUGUCAGCUCAGGCGAGUGUGUGCGUCGCAGAGAGCCGUGUGCAGAGACCCAGCGAGUACCAGCCCGACAUCCAGAGCACCUGCAGCGCGGACAGCGGGGAAGAGGAGCCCGGGGAGGAGAGGGAGACUGGAGGAAAGAGACCGGACAGUACCCGGACCUUCAUACAGUGCACCCCGCAUCUCACUCACAACAGCUCGGCCAGAGAUGGGCGACAGUGUGGGAAGGAACCGGUGCAGUCCGCUCUGGUUUUGGAUGACCAGGUUGUCUUCUCUCUCACCGUCUCUUUGGACAAGCUGCCAGCCAACACGCUUAAAGCCAAGAUUGUAGUGACUGUGUGGAGUCAUGAGGAUGAGAAAGCAGAGGUGAGGGAACAUGGCUACUUGACCCUUCUCCAGCUCAAGAGCCCAGUACACACCUUCAGACAGGAUCUCACCACCUUCAAGGCGCAGGUCAGCACCAUCAUGAAUGUUCUACCACCUCCCAGUGUGCAGUGUCAGCACAUGGCUGUCUCUGGAAAACACCUGACUCUCCUUAAAGUGUUGAACUGCAGCUCUCAGGAUGAGGUGUGUGUCAGAGAUGUGAAGAUCGUUCCCAACUAUAACUCCUCCUACCUCCCCAUGAUGCCAGAUGGUUCAGUUCUCAUAGUGGACAAUGUCUGCCACCAAUCAGCUGAGGUCACCGUGGCUUCAUUCUGUCGGAUAGAUAGCGGGUCAUCGCGUUUACCCAGCAUGCUCAGCGCCCUUGAAGAACAGACCUUCCUGUUCCAGCUGCAGCUACAAGACACAGCAGAGGAGUACUCUAGUGAGGGUUUGGAAGUCCCGCUGGUGGCUGUGUUACAGUGGUUUACUCCAACACUCCCUUUAACAAGAUACAUCUCUAGUUGUUACUCGUUGCCUAGCAUCCGCCUGGAUCGCCCUCGCCUGGUGAUGACAGCUUCCUGUCCCAGGGCGGUCCGGCCUCUGGAGCACUUCUGGGUCAAAUACACCCUGCUCAACAACCUGCAGGACUUUCUGGCUGUCCGUCUGAUCUGGAAUGCUGACGCUGCUCUUGGAGGCCAGCAGCACCAUGGUGGGGGGGCGGUGGUGUGCCAGUCUCCCCUCAACAACCUGGGUCAGUGCAGGAAGGGCUCCACCCUCUCCUUCACCGUGGCCUUCCAGAUCCUCCGCACCGGACUCUUCGAGCUGAGCCAGCACAUGAAGCUGAAGCUGCAGUUCACAGCCUUGGUGUCCACCCCCCCGGUGGAGCCUCGCUCUCCCUCAUCAUCCAGCCCGGGGGUCCGAGAGCUGCUGGAGAGACAGAGCGUGGGCCGCUCUCACAGCUUCUCCCACCAGCAGCCCUCCAGAGCCCACCACGUCAGGUCAGGCAGUGUGAUGGAGCGGCGGACCAUCACCCCUCCUGUAGGACCUCCAAUGGGGAGGGGUCUGUACCGGCCCCCUGAAAACGGCCUCAUCUCCCUGGACAAAAUAGCCAAGAGAGAGUGUAAGGUGCUGGUGCUGGAACCAAUGAUAGACACACCCUGCAGAUGACCCUGAGAGCAGAGUCUUACCGCAGACACACAUUAGUGUUGGACACUCUGUCAGCUGACUCUGAAGGAGACAUGACGAGGAUGGAGUGAUGGACGGAGGAGCAGAGAGGGGGGGGGGGGGGUGAUGGAGGGAUGCUGCUGGCCUUCUGUGGAACCGCAACAAUUCUUCAUCUCAUUGGUUUAUCAUUUCAAUUUAUUUGGUUUUUUACAUUUCCUUCAAGCUAUCAUUCCAUUUUACUCAAUGGGUUAUCCUAUGUCUGUGAAUUCUGCUUAUAUUUAUACUUUAUAGGACACAACCGUGAUUGUUUUUUCAUGGCAGCUCUUGUUUUCUUGUAGGAUCUAAUCAGGAGAUCCCAGAUUUCCUGCCAUUGUCAGGUCUGGGAGCACAAAUAGUGCUGGAUGCUCACAGCAGUCUGUUUUCAUACAUAACAGUUUGUGUAAUACACCUAUUGCCAUAACACACAGAGACCGUAAGAUUGCAUUCUUUUGGAUUCAUGGUACUUGGUUGCCCAAAAGCCAACAAAGUCCGCUGGGUUUUGGUUGGAAACAUCCUAAUAGGACAGUUUGACCAAGCCAUUGUUGGUGAACAUAUAUAUAUAUAUAUAUAUAGUAGUUCAAACAAUAACUGCUCCUGUGUAUUACAAAUAUAUACCAUGUGGAUCACAGAGCUAUGGGGUUGAUGGAAGGUGUAUUUAUAUUUAUUGUGACAGAGCUCAGCUAGCCAUUUCCAGAUUUUGUGCUAAGCUAAUGUUCUGAACCUAUUUCUGUGCUUAACCUACUGAUGUAAAACUUGAUAUACCUACCUACUUACAAUCCAUAUUCAGAUUUAAAGUUCUUUAACUGGACUACUGACAUUAUAUAUUAUUGUUAUAGGUGUGCACUGGAUGAAAGCUGCAUCUUAACUUAAAAUUGAAGGGCUGUUUUGCUGCUUUCCCCACAGAAAGUUGGUAUUUUUUCAAAAUAGUAAAGUAUUUAAUUGAGUGUGAUCCACCUCUAAACUAGUCUUAACACUGGCUGAAUUAUGUAAGUGUUAUUGUAUAUAUUUAUUGUUGAGUUGGAGUGUUAAUAUUCAGGUUUUAAAUGUAUGUUUUUGUCUUUUAUUUGACCCUUCGUAUACACUCCAUUGUCGGUGCACAGGGGGGUCUCCUUAUUUCAAUAUCCAGUCCUUUGAACCCUGGAAUUCAGCAUUUGUUACAUAAUAGCUGACUUGCAUGUAUAAUGUGUGGCUCACCGGGUCCAACUGAUAUCAAAGGGUUUUGUUAAGUUCAUUUCCUACGUUUUUUUUUAACAUUCCUAAAAUUCACAUCCCCAGCAUUUCGUUAAAGAACUCUUAAAUGAAAAAUGAAAGUUUGUUAGUAAGACCGAUCAUUUUCUUUUUAGGAGACACCCAGGGUGCUUCGAAACACAACCCUUUUUUUGCGAUCUUAUGAUAACGAAAAGAGGAACCAUGUUUUGUAAUUCUUUGAGUAUUUUAGUUGUUUGUUUGCAGAAUACAUUACUCAAAGGACGUUGUAAAAUCUUGACAAGAAAAACUGAAAGAAUUAUAAUUUAUUAUUGAAAACAUUAUUGUUUCUACGUGUGGAAUUAUGUGACUUAUUUGACAAUGUUCAAAUAGCUGUCCUGCUGUGACUCACUAAAAGUCAACAAUGUCGUCCCAAUAAUCAGUACCAAAUUGAAUCACUUACUUUCUAAGAACUUACUAGAAAAUGUUGAGCCAGUAAAGUAAAACUACCAUAACAACAGAAAUGGUUGUUAAAACAUGAAGUGUUGUCACUGAUUCCAAUUCCAAUCAUUUUAUAAAUCCAACUUGUUCAGUGUGUUAUGACAUUAGUUUUAAGCUUUUUCUCGUUUACAGAUGUGACCUACAUCUGGAGAGUGGAUGUUAACAUUAGGAUAGCAAAGACCCUGCUAGAGGCUGAUCAAGUGUUGGCAAGAAAGACCAAUGUGCUGAGGAUCUACUGUAAAGAAUGACCAGAAAUGGUGCUUGAAGCAAACAAAGCUGAUCUUUGGAGGUUCAUCCCCCUGAGAGCUUGACUGUGUUGUUAAAGAGAUGAUAUAUUUACCUUAAAGACUUGGAGAUGCAGUAAUGUAUGGCGAAGAUGUUGAGAGGGUUCAUCCUCUGGGGAGCAUACAUGUGUACAAACUGUAAAUGUCAUAUCUGUACUCUGCUUAUUAGAUGUUUCUUUAAUGUAUAUUAGUUUGAAAAAAGGUUCAUCCUCUACAACAAUGAAUGUUCCCAGCACAUGUUCUGUACAUCUGACCAAAGUGUUGGUUGCAGGGAGUUGACAGACAAAAGGUCAUGGGGUCAAUAAAGUUGUAGGAUCUUCCUCUGAGGUCCCUGAACAAAACCUAAUGGGAAGCAAGUCCGUCGUUGAGUUAAAGAAUGUGUGUAUUUGAUCAUCCGAGGGUUUAAGCUACACACACAUUUUAGACUUAUCGACCCCCAACAUCUUUCAUCAUCAUUGGUAUGACUACUAACUGUGUAUCCUGAUCUUGAACCUCGUCUCAAAACACUGGAUUGCUUAGAGAGUCACAUAUUCAGUUUGCAAGUAAGCUAAUUGUUUUGUAAGCGAUGUUUUGGAGCUUCCAUUUUCUGCCUACAUGGCAAAUAAAGUUUAGCUGGGUAAGGU